CGUGGCUGCUGACGGAUGGUCGAGUCAUUCCUCUGUCCUCUGCGUACAAAUAUCUCCUACCAGCUUGUGACGCAACCCGGCUGUUCCAGUGAAUUUCUGUUUCCCCCACCGAAAGCUCUUCCCGUUGGUACGUCCACCUCCCCCCGAGCAUCCAUUCCUCUUAUCUACGAACAGGCGGCCAAGAUGGAUAUUGUAAAUCAGAUGGUUGCCACUGGGCAGUUCAGAAUUCUCAAAGUACCCCUGGGCUUCAUAAAAGUCCUACAAUGGGUGUUUGCCAUUUUUGCUUUUUCAACAUGUGGGAGCUACGACGGGUCAUUCAGGAUGAGUGUUCAGUGCAAAAACAGGACUGAAAGUAACUUAAAAAUAGACGUGGAUUUUGAAUACCCAUUCAGGCUCCAUCAAGUAUACUUUGAUGCCCCAACCUGCAAAGGAGAGAAGUCGGAGAGGUUCUUCCUCGUAGGGGACUACUCUUCCUCUGCUGAGUUCUUCGUCACUAUCGCCGUCUUUGCUUUCCUCUACUCCAUGGCGGCCCUCAGCGUCUACAUCUUUGUCUUUGAAAAGUACCGCGAGAACAACAAAGGGCCUCUGAUUGAUUUCGGGGUGACCUGCGUGUUUACCUUCAUGUGGCUAGUGAGCUCGGCUGCCUGGGCCAAGGGCCUGUCUGAUGUGAAGACCGCCACAGACCCCGAGAAGGUUCUGGAAAUGGUCCCCGCCUGUGAGCUGGAAGGAAGCACCUGCCGUGAAGUCCACGACCCAAAGAUGUCUGGCCUCAACACGUCCGUGGCUUUCGGCUUCCUGAACCUGAUCCUGUGGUUAGGAAACAUCUGGUUCGUUUUCAAGGAGACAGGCAUUGUUGCUCCCUUCAUGCGUGCCCCACCUGCCCAGGAGAAGCAGCCCGCCCCUGACACCUUCGGCCAGCAGGGCUACGGCCAGGAGGGCUACGCGCAGCAGGGCUACCAGCCCGACUACAGCCAGCAGGGUUACAAUCAGGGUGGCGAAUAUGGCCAGGGAGGAGGCUAUGAACAGCAGGGGGCACCCACCUCCUUCUCCAACCAGAUGUGAGAGAGCCAAUAAGGAGGCAGCCUCAUGGAGGAUGAAAAGAGGGUGAUCGUGUGAUUAUGGGAGUGUGGUGCCUGAACCCUACCCACAAUACCACACUCUUCCCUGUCUGUCUAUUUGUGCAUCUGUCUGUGGACAAGAGGGAGGGGAGGGGAGGGGCGGGGAGGGAAAGGGGAUAAAACUAUCAAGGGGAAACGGGGGAAUGAGAGGGAGAAAUUAAUGUGCUGUUCAUUAUUGUGGUGUAAACAAAAAAGAGAGUUAGGAUUGAUCAAAUGAAGACAAACUUGAAUACAGUACCAAAAUAUAAAAAAAGAACAAAAAAAAAAGCAAAUCUCAAUGCUAUAUAAAUUUAAAUUGAUAAUGUUGAAAAUAGUAAUACUAAACUUGAGAGAAUGUAUUUGUCUGUGUUGUAUAAAUAUCAUUAUGAACAAAUAGUAUAUACAAAAUUUCCUAAAGAUGUGUAUGGGGUUAUUCCACUGUAGUUUAGUUCUGUUUAGAGCUCACUAAAUACAGUUGUCUUUCAGCCCAAAAAAAAUGAGAUCCUUAAUAAUUUUUACCUUCUGUGGUUUGGUACAGGCUCACUGAGAUUAUCUAAAAUUAUAUCAGAUUUUAUACUUUCGCUCUUUCUUAUUUUAAUAUCUUUUGUUUUGUUUUUGUUUUGUUUUGUUUUCUGCUCUGGUGGGAUAGAGCAUAGUACUGAAAGAGUAUGGGGUAAAGCUUGAGAAUAAACUAAAGUCAUAUUAUCUGUCGCAAGAGAUAAAAAUGGCAUCAUAAGCCGUGGCAGAAAUCAAACUGGUUUAGGUGUUCACAUCUUUUGUGUUAGUUAUGUUUAUUUAGGAUGGAUAUUUUCCUGUGUGAUUCUCCAAGUGUUGCUCUUUGAGAAGAAAAGCACAAACAUUCUGACCAGUAAAUUAGCAUGGUUUGAGUAUUUCCGUAUACUACGCUCCUUAUGACUAAUGUAGUGUAUUGUUAGUGUUUUAUGCAAGUGGAUGAUAAAAAAUUUACAGGACUUUGCUUGUUUUGUGUGGGGGCCUGAGCGAGAUAAUCAAACUGAUGUGUUGAGAUGGUGUUGAUAGUUUAGAUAGCUGUGCCUGUUUCAGUUUUCAGCACUUUUCCCUCUGCACUACCCUACAUUCCUCCCUGUCUCGCAGUGACAAUUGAUACUACAAAGUACAGACAGCUGUUGAAGUCAUUGUAAUAGUAUAUUGUAGUGACAUUCCAUGAAGAUGUAAUAUGAUCAUAACACCAGGAAUAGGAUCAUGUCAGUUACUAUAUGCAAUGGAGAGUUGAGCAGUUCACAAAUAAAACUGUACUGUAGAUGUCAGCAAAUAUGGUUGUGUUGCUUUCCUGGUUUUCUAUCAAGCUGUGAUUUCAAUUGUGAUGUUGUAUCACUACCAAAGUCACCAAAUGAUGCAGUUAUGUUGUAGGAACUGUGCUGGUCCGAUUUUUUUUUUUUUUUUUUGUGACAUGCAUUCACGUAUAAGGUGGGUUUUGGAGGCCAAAGCGUAUUCCUUAUCACCCGAUACCAAAUCUAAGAGAAAUAGGAAAAAGAAAAAUCCAAAACAUGCCAUUAAAAUGACUUUGCAUGAUCAAAGAUUAUUCGCCAAUAUUAUAUAUAUAUAUAUAAACAAGAAUCUCCCACACUUACUGUAAUGGUCUUCGAUGGUAUUCUUGCUGGUAGACUGGUGCUAGGCUUCCACAGACUAAUAUAUAUGGAUUGGCAAAGAUAAGACUGAGCAUCCAAACAUGGUGUGGCCUACAUGCUCCGCUGAAAGGAAAUCCAGUUUGAACUUGAGUCUUUUAAUUUAGGCAAUGCAGCCACUCUCUUCCCGUUCCUCACUCUCACUGUCUCUCUUCCUCUUUUCUCUCUCACUCUCUGCUCUGUCCCACUCUUCUCCCUUAUAAAUAUGCUAUUCAACUACUCUGUUGUUAGUGGUGUUCGGUAUGUCUUGUGAUACUCUCAAUGCCUUUGGGUUGUGCUGUAUUUCUUGUGUAUGAUAUAUUAUUAGCGUUAACAAUGAUGUUGAUGACCAUGGUCACAACCAUGCAGAAAAACCAGUUCACUGAAAACUAUCCAGAAUUCUGUUGUAUUCUUGCUCUGUGGAAUCCACGAAGGAAAUUCAAUAAAGAAGAAUUUAUCCUGUUGAAA